CCGAGCCCCGUUCCCCGGCCGCAUCCUGUCGGGCGCGAGGGCUCCGAGGCGCGCUUCUCACAGAGAGGAACCCCCGGCCCAGGAGCCCUCCCCGCCCUUCGCUGCCUUCCACAGAGAGCAACCCUUUCCGGGUUGCCCAAAGAGGGUCGCGGGGAGGGGGCAGGGAUCGCAUCCCGACGCCCCCGCGCCUCCGCCCAGGCGCGCCGGGAAGGACCGGCUUUCCAUCCUUGCGAGGCGGGGGCGGCCUAUCCGAUCCGCCCCCCCCCUCUCGCCCCGCCACACCUCAGGCUGGCCGGGAAGCUCCGGCACUGGCUGCCCCACCCAGCGCUCCGGUUCCGGCGCCCGCCAUCCUUCUCCACCCGCACCCGAGGGGGUGCGAUGGAGCAACCCCCAGACCCGGCACCUAACUUGCCAAACGGGCUUGCGGGAAACUUUUCGCCCUACCUUCCCUGCCCCCCUUUCUGAGAGGGGCUAGUGAGUUCCCCGCCCGGCUAGCGAGGUUUUGGGGGUGCAGCUUAGGAUGCUGCUUUUGCUGCAUUACUGGGAAUUUCCAGGAACGGCGCUGUGUGUGUAUGUGGAAGUUUGCAAGAAAUUGGGGGGUGGGUCACAGAGGGCAAAGCCUGAAGAUGAGGCUACCAAGCAAGGUCUCUUGAAGUGGGGAGAAUCAGGGGAGGAGUCUUCGUUUUCUCUGUUCUGGAUGGUUUAUGGGAGAUGGUUUCUCUCCCGAAUUCUUUUGGAGGGGGGGGUGAUUUCCUGUCUGAGCCAGUCCCUUGGACCUACUCAGAGAAUGGGCUCCAUGAAUUAUGCUGAUCUGCACCCUUAAUACAUUCUGUGAUGUGCUUCCCCACAACGACCCUUUUGGAGAGCAGCCUUGACACAGAGAGGCUGGGUGGGCUGCAGGUUUAGCCCCCACCUUCACUGGCCCCCCUAUCUCCCAGAGUUUGCAUGGUGUGGGCUACCUCCAGCCCCUCCACCUACCAAGCCCCAGUUCUAGGCAAAGGGGCCUGCUCAGCUCCAGGAAGAGAAUGGCUCAAGUUUUCCUGGCUUGAGACAAGUCCCCACUUCUCCCUCCAUCUCCUCUCCUGGGAAGCUGCUGCCUCCCACAGGACUCAGCCUGCGAACGCCCCAUUUGCCUCCCCAUGGCCUGGCUGCCUCAGCUAUUUUAAGCUGCUUAGGAAGUCUGCCUGGUCUGCUUCCUUCCCUCCAGGAGACUCUUUUCCUGGGUGGGGCUGACAGAAAGCUCCGUCGCAUGUUCAAACCAGGCUUGGGGGGGGUCUCCCUGGCGGGCUCACUUGUGGUCAGCCUUAGAAGAAAUGAGGCUGCGUCAGGGACUGACCAACAUCCGGGGUGCAGGAUGAAUGAGGGCCUUUUCAGGUGAACAUUGGGGAACCCCAUUUUGGAAAAAAGCCAUGGAGAAAGCCAGGUAGCAUAGCCCCCCCAACACCCAUAAUUUCCUGGGAAGGAGGAGGGUGAGUAGAUCUAGAGUUCAGGAAGAGGGUCCCAGGCAUUGGACGGGGCCACCACUCCAGAAAAACCCUCCCUGUACAAGAAAAGAUUCCAGAGCGUUCUUGUGCUGGCCCCAGCAGGGAGAUUUGUUCAGAUUCCCUUCCCCAGCAAAGCUCUGGUGGUUCCGAUGAAGGGCACCUCCCUCCCACGGGGGGCAUCUCUUUGGGGGGUACACAGGCAGAGGAGUUGUUUCUCUGUCGUCAUCCCCCAAAAGGUGCUGCUCCCAUCAUCUGUAGUGAGUGGAGGCUGGGGAAAGCUGUUAGAGCUCCAGUUGGGUUGGGAUCCAUAUAGCGGCCAGGGGUGAGGGUCAUCCUUGGGGAAGAAAUGCUGUCUGCACUCUGCCUAUUGCUCAGAGGACACCUGCUCAUUGCAUAUCCUCAGCCUCAGGACCUCCCUGGGCUAGCCCAGGCAGGGAGCUUCUGCACACUGGGAUGCCGUCUCUGGGUCUUGGCCUGAGGAGGUGGCAGCCAGAGGGGCCGGCGGCAUCUUUGGGAUCCUUUUUCAUUCCUGACACUGCAGACCUGCCAGGCGGGCUCUCUUGCCAGGAACAGUUUGGCCUGCAAUUCCACCAUGGAAAGGCCAGUGCAUUGGCAGCCCACAGGAACGGGCCCACCUUGGGUCUUCCCAGUCCUCCUGGCAUCUCUCGGGCCAAAGGGAUGGGCUCCGGCUGGUCUGCCAGGUCCUUCCAGAGUUUUCCCAGAGGGAGCCCGGGUGACCCAAAAGCCUUCCCUGCUGGACAACCUUUUCCCAGCUGCAACUGAGUGAAAUCCUGGGAGGGAGAGAAGAACACUGACCAGGAGGCCUGAGUAGGCCAGGACAGGGCCGGCUGGAAUGGGGGGGGGGAAGCCCACUAUUUCUCUGGAAACCCCCAUGCCCUAUGUGGGAGACCUGUUGAUCUAGGUCACACUUGCGCUCUCCACACUGCCAAAGUUAUAACAUGAUGGGGGUGGGGUUCCAGAGCGAGCCCCAGACAAAUGGGGGCGCCCACCCAGGAUGGCCUGGAGAAGAUUGCAUCUUCCCUCGGCUCCUCUUGGGGAAAGCAGCAAGCAAUGCUGUGGACUGGCUAAGAGACAAGGAGGCCGGGGGGGGGGGUGCGCCCACCUAUUUUUAGUGUUCUCAUAACACCCAAAAAUGACAUGCAGUUUCACACAGACAGCUCUGUGUGUAGCUGGGUAACUAAAGUCCAGCCAUCCUGCCCUGUGCCACUACUGCCCUGAGCUGGGCACUACCCUGGGGUUUGCGAAAGGGCUGGAGGGGAGUGAUGGAAAGGAGGGCCCGUCUCUCCUGGUGAGGCAGCUUCUGCACAUGGACCCCAGCACAAGCAGGUUGGCUCACGGCCUGACAGCUGCACUUGCACACAAGGCCAAGCUCACCUUGUUUCUUUGGGGGGGGGUACUGUCUUGUGCAAGCACCCCCAUUUAAUCAGUGGGGUUCAAUAGUUGACCAAACCUUAAAAACAGAAUGACUCAGGAAGCAGGUUGUGCAAAUGUAGUCAGCUUUGCAUUCGGAGGUGCUGCGCCUGCCUCUCUCAGGGCCUGCCAGCCCCAGAGGGGAGGGAGAGGGAGGGUCUGACUGUUCUGAGGUGUCCACCCCCCCUUGCGCCUGGCCACCUUCUUCCCUGGCCCAGCCAGGAAGCACAACAGAAGCUAUCAGGGGCCUGUUUUGAUCAGAAGGUGCAUAGAGCUUAUCCAGCCCCACCCCAUCCCACCCUCACAUACAAACAGGCUGUUCUCUGGUGCAGGAGGCCAUAAGCUCUCCUGGGUGAGGACAAGCAGCAGGCAGGCUGGGGAAAGGGCCCCUCCUGUUUCUCCCUCCUCGAGGCUUGGCCUGCUUUGCAGGCUUUUCUGCACUGCUAAGAUGAGCUGCCAAGGGCAGGAUUGCCGAAGUUCCCUGACUCCGCUUCCUCCAAGAGAUCCCCAGACUCCCUGGAUCCUUCUGCCCUGGUCCUGAUCACCAGGGAGAAUCUCUCUCUCUUUUCUAGGCUGCUCCCUCUCCUGCCCUCCUUCGUUCGCCUGGGAAUGAGUCCCAUCUGCCCCCCAUCAGGGCCUGCAAACCCUUCAGCCGCUUGGGUGUGCCAGGCCGCCAGUGGCCGGGGGGGGCAUUCUGGUGGCAGCUGAGAAAACUCUCUUGGCCAAAUGUUUGCCUAGCUCCGGUGCAGCUGGUGCGCUCGAUGAGGAAGGGGGAGGAGGGCCGGGACACACACAGCUGUUGAGGGCUCCCCUAAGCCAUUCAGGGGCAGCUGCUCGCCUGACGUGGGGGCCCCUCCAUGUUGCCCUAUUGUUCCCACCAGCUCCAGGCAGCUGUUGCGUGGAGAAGCUUGACUUUGUUAAAAGGCCAUCUUUAAACAAGACCUCAUCCCCCUCCCCACAGACACACAUCCCCUAACCAUGUCUACGUCUGGGCCCCUUUGUGUGUCUCCCCAGCGUUCCAGGGGCUUCGCUUUGUGGCCAUUGUGUGGGGCACACGCUCUGCACAAAAGAGACCGGGCUUGGUCUGCACUGUGGGGCAGAGUCCCUUUAAUGGACUGGACCAUCUGUGAGCUGAGGGACGCCUGCUGGAUUUCGGCAGAAACUUUCCUGUAGACUGGAAGAGUUUGCAAAGGUGAAACGAGGCCGUCCCCUCAGCCCUCGAUUACAUCUGCCCAGCCAGAUUGGCUUUAAGCAGAGUCCAGGGCUCAAGGAAGCCGCAUGAGGGGGGCUUUUCGCCCUUCACUGCAGGUUUUAAAGACAGCGACACUGGCAGGGAGCUGUGGGGGAACACAGGGGGGACAGAGGGGGACAGAGAUGGGGUUCUACCUGCCCCCCAACAUUGGGGUGCCAAUGAAGCAGCAUGCAAACUAAGGGGCCCCCUUCUGAAGGGGCCAGGAUGCCGCCUCUGAGACCGGCCGCUGUUUCCAGGAGACAGGAGAAGGCGGCAGGGGACUGUUCAGCUCUUUGCAUCUUUUGCAUUAUCAGAGCGUGACUGAGAGCCCACCCCACCCCCACCGCAUGCAACGGCUCCAAAAUGGAAUGGGAGAAGACUCUCUGCCUCCCCCACACCUUAUUUGAUGGGGAUGAGGUGUGGUGGUCCAAGCCAAGGCAAGUCUUUCUGGUGGGAUCCAGAGAUUGAAGUAGGGCUAAAGCAGGAGAAAAUAGGGACAAAAAGGGCUGGGGGUUUACGACCCCCCCGCCCCCCGAAUGGGCUGGGAGGUGACAGAGGAGAGAUCUUGCAAUGCCAGAAGCUUCCUUUGGUCCUGAGUUCCCAGGAGGCUGCAGCCCUCUGAGGAGCCUGAGAGGAAAAGGGGGAAAGUCUCCACUCAGCAGGUGAACUCUACUCCCACCUCACCUGGCAAGGGCUGGCUGGGCUGUGCCUCAGGAAGCCAAAGGAGCAGAGCCCAAGGUUAGGCUCUGCCCGUCCCUGGCAGGGGUGCAUCCGUGGGGAGCCGAUGCCCCGGGGCCCCUUUUCCUGGGAAGAGCAUCUUCUAUUAGGGCUUAAAGACAUCCGGUGGGAGGCCCGGGGGAGGGGGCUGCCCAAGGACCUUAGCCACCAGCUCAGGGUGAACUUGGAGCAUCUCCGCCCCUCCCCCCAGCCAAAGAAUAUGUCCCCAUUUCUGACAUCCUGAUGAGGAAAGGCUGGCUUGGGGUUUCCUGGGCAGUCCAGGGUGAUGCUGGUCAGAGGCCGACUGUCCUGGGUGCCGGAAGGAGAGUCUCACUGAAGCCUGGGCCUGCCUGCCAGGGCUCUGCGUGGCUCCUUCCCUGGAGGGCAGCUGGGCUCACCUGCCCUCUCCCACCUCAGGCCCGGCAGGGGUGAGCAAUGAACAAACUGCGGCAGAGUCUCCGCCGCAAGAAACCAUCCUACGUGCCCGAGGCCAGCCGCCCCCACCAGUGGCAGGCCGAUGAAGAGGCGGUGCGUAAGGGGCGCUGCAGUUUCCCGGUGCGGUAUCUGGGCUACGUGGAAGUGGAGGAGUCCCGAGGGAUGCAGGUGUGCGAAGAGGCAGUGAAGAAGCUGAAAGCGAGCGGCCGCAAAUCUGUGAAGUCCGUGCUGUGGGUUUCAGCUGAUGGGCUGCGCGUGGUGGAUGACAAGACCAAGGACCUGAUCGUGGACCAGACCAUCGAGAAGGUUUCCUUUUGUGCUCCGGAUCGCAAUUUUGACAAGGCCUUUUCCUACAUUUGCCGGGAUGGCACCACCCGGCGCUGGAUCUGCCACGGCUUCCUGGCCCUGAAGGACUCGGGGGAGCGCUUGAGCCACGCCGUAGGCUGCGCCUUUGCUGCCUGCCUGGAGCGCAAGCAGAAGCGUGAAAAAGAAUGUGGGGUGACUGCCUCCUUCGAUGCCAGCCGCACCAGCUUUGCCCGGGAGGGUUCCUUCCGACUACCUGGUCCCCCAGCCCCCACCUCCCGCCCCUCUGGAGCACGGCCCCCCCAGGAUAAGAAAAAAGAGGCGGAGGCAGCCUCCAGCAGGGACUCGGAUGGCAUCUCGGCUCUCUGCACUCAGAUUGACACUUCGCUCGCCCAGCCAGCUGGAGAACCCCCUGCAACCCUCAUGCCUGUGGAAGGGGGCAGCACAGGAUCCCCUUCCUCAUGGAACGACCCCCAGGCCAACUCCCUGUUCCAGCCAGGACACAAGAGGACCCCCUCGGAGGCAGAGCGCUGGCUGGAAGAGGUUGCCAAGGCUGCCAAGGCUCAACAGCACCAGCAGGUGCCCUUGGCCACCCCCCCGCUUCUGCCCAGCUUUCCUCUGAGCUAUGAGGCAGCCCCCCUCCCCACAGGCAUCUUUGCAUCUCCCCACAUGCCCCCCACCUAUGUGCCUGUGGGCACUGCCUACGUGCCUGCAUUGCCCUUCCCUGCCAUCCCCAGUGUGCCUGUGGUGGGCAUCACGCCCUCCCAAAUGGUGACCAAUGCCUUCUGCUCUGCCACACAGGGUCCUGUUACAAAUUUGGGAGUCAAGGCCAGCCCCUUCCCUCAGGCCCGCCUGGACCCCCCUCGGCUCAAAGCCAAUGGGACUGUCUGGCCCUCCGAGCAAAACCCCCCAGGGAUUUCUGCCCCCCACCCCGAGCCCCCUGACCCCUUUGAAGCCCAGUGGGCUGCCCUAGAGUCCAAGGCUCCCACUGCUGCCUCCAACCCCUUUUCUGGUGACCGGCAGAAAACCUUUGAAAUAGAAUUGUGAUCCCGAUUUUUAAGGUUCCCCCUUAGCACCCCAUCUUGCUAGGCCAGCUUGUCUAAAUCUUCGGGUGGGGAGAGCUGGCUGGGAGCAGCACUUCAAAAAGCAGCCAGUGGGGACCGGGAGAGCUGCCCCCAAGAGAUGUGGGGAGCCACGCAGGAGCUGCUGAAAAACCAGUUCCUCUCCCGCCCAGGCCGAGAACGGGUGGCCAGUUGGAAACCAGGGUAAGCAAGAGGCCUUCCAGGCCUGCCACAACCUCCAGAGAGCAGGGGACAGAUGGGGGGGGGGGGGCUCUGCUCUCUACCCCCUCCUUUGUGCAGAAGCAGCACCAGAGUGUCUCCGUCUUUGUCAGUAACAGCGUCCAUUUUUCUUUGGGGUGCCCCACUCUGUGCAUGGCAGGCCCCUCCUCCCUGGGCAGCUGUCCUCUCCUCUUCCCAAAAGGGGGGGACAUAUUUGUGGAGCUGCUGGGGAGGCUCUGGGUGCCUCUACUCCCCCCCCCAAAGCUGCCUGUGGUUUGGCCUGAAGCUACGAAGGAGGCUCCUUUCUCUCCAGAGGCGGAGGGACCCUUCAUCAGGCUUAGGUUGUGAUAUGUGGUGCACGUGGGGGACCACAAACAGGAUUAGAGUUAGGGUACUACAAACCCUCCCCCAGGAGCAAGAGAUUGGAUUAAUGGGAGAUCCAUGAUCUUUUUGUUCCUGGAGAGGGGGGGCAAAGGGAGGAACUGGCUUUCCUCUCCAAAACUUAAUGGGGGGGGGGCUUGGUGGAAUGGUUAUUGCAGAAGAGGUGCCCCCCUCCUCUCAGUUUUGGCUUGGAUGGAGAAAAAUUCUUCAGGUUAAUCUUGUUUUUACAUAUUCCCAAUGUUGGGUCUGGCAGGGUACUAGUGCUCAAAUCGCAGCAGGAGGGGGGGGGGGACAGGACAUUCCCGUACAUUUCAGGGUGAUGCCUGGCCUUGAGAGGCUCCCCUGGCUUCACCUCAGUAAUCCAAGCAUGGGGAGUGGGAGGUGGGGAAGAAUCCCUCCGAGAUGUAAAGGCUUGGGAAGAAUUUAUUUCCUGGAGGACCUCAGGGUCACUGUUCAGGAACAAUAAGGCUGAGCGUUUUCCCACAAGGCAGCCCAGGGGUGAUCUUGAAGGGGCAGCUGAAGGAGAACUUGGGGGAGGGUGUUCCUUUUCCAGUGGGACAGCCAGCUUCAGGCAGGCUCUUGAAAGCAGCUGCCUGGCUCAAAGGCAGCAGCCCCUCCCACAAGGCUCCUUGGCCUCCUCAGCCCCCCCCCUCCAAAAGCAGAAUUGCCCUUGCUUCUCCCCCACCCCCUCACCUUGGGCGAGCAGAGAAGACAGAAGUUGAGGAACAAGGCCUCUCCUGACCAGGCUGCCUGGAGAGUUCCAAAAAUGUCGGGGGGGGGGUGUUAUUUUUUAUCUUAUUUUGAAGCUUUUUGUAUUAAAGAAUCCCACCUAUUUGUAUUAUAUAAUAAAUAACAGAGCCAGUAAUAUAAUA